AUGGAUGAUACGCCCGACAUAUACACCUCUCCAAAAAUUAUUACCGAAGCGCAAGAAACGCCCUCCGCUCCUCAUUCCGCAGUAGAUUUAAAUACUCCACCUAUUAAAAUUAAAGCUCUUGGAACAGUUAAAUUGACUGGACUACUCUUUAUCGCAGUAGUUGGUGGAGCGUAUGGAGCAGAACCAAUGGUCCAGUCAGCAGGUCCACUGGUUUCGACUAUAAUAAUGAUCACUUGUUCUCUCUUGGUGAUGUUACCAAUCUGUUUGAUAACAGCGGAGUUAUCAGCGGCUGUUCCAGGCUGUGGUGGGAUGGUAGAUUGGGUCACUUGUGCCACAACACCUUUUGCCAAUUUUUUCACGAUGUUUGCGACUAUUAUAUCGCUCAUCGGAGCAACCAUAGACAACGCUGUGUACCCAACACUCUUCAUUGGGUACUUGACUGAAAAGGUUCCCGAGCUUCAGUGGUGGGCGACAUUACUCAUUAAAUUUGCAGUGACUUCUGUCGCAACGUUCUUGAAUAUCAUUGGCGUCGACAUCAUUGGCAAAAUUAGUGUGUUGUUUACAAUAUGUGUGUUAUUCCCAUUUGUGGUGUUUGUCUGCUUUGGUGUGUUCAGUCCUGAUGCGCACUGGAGCAACUUAAUUGACACUUUACCAUUCAAAGAGAUGAAUUGGUCACUGUUGAUAUCGGUGUUGUUUUGGAAUAUCAAUGGAGUGGAUGGGUGUGGCAACAUAUCUGAAGAAGUGAAAGAGCCCAAGAGGACUAUUCCAAGGUCUAUGACGUUAUUAGUUAUUAUGACAGUGAUGACAUAUAUUAUUCCAUGUAUGGUAGGGACGAUUCUAGAUGACAAUUGGAGUCAGUGGGUAGAAGGAUCUUUUGUAUCGUUGUGUGGGAAGAUAUCACCCGAGUGGGUAGCGAAGACUUUACCGUGGUUAAUGUUUUUGGGAGGGCUUGUCAGUUCGUUGGGGUAUUUAUUAACACUUUUGUGUACGGCUUCGAGACUUUUUCAAGGGUUCAUCGACUUGGACUUCCACCCGUUUCUCACGAAGACACUUGGGCAUGUCAAUAAACGAUUUAAUACCCCCGACGUAGCUAUUAUUCUGCAAGGCGUCUUAAUUUUCAUCUUAUCAGCUUCAAUGGAUUUUGAUGAGUUGGUUGGUGUUGACUCGGCGUUUUAUGCGAUUCGUGUGCUGUUCAUAUGUGUGUCGUACGUCAUAUUACGUUUCAGAUACCCCACGAUGAACAGACCAUAUAUGUUUGGCUCCAAUUUAGUGAUGGCGAUGGUCUUUGCAACACCUCCUAUUGUGUUUUGUAUUUGUUGCUGCAUAUUAGGGUUAUUGUCUUCGACCGUGACCAUCAUCUUGGGUGGAGUCUUGUUGAAUGUGGUGAUGAUUGCUUCAAUUUUCUUCUAUUGGUUCUUCCCACACGAAUUCAAAUUACAUGACGCUGUACAAGGGCUCUUUGCAAACUUUGGAGAGGAAGAAGAUGUGAUUGACAAGAUAAAGAGAGAGAACAAGAUGAAAGAAGGCACUAUAGCUAUUGAAAAUCAGAACGAACCGAACAUUGGGUAUUCAAUGAGUACAGAAAGUGGGUCGAGUGAGACUUCAAGUAAUGCUGGCAGUUUGAAAGAGGCGAUUAUCACCCCAUAA